GCUGGUGUCACGCUGGAAAUUCAUGCGCAGUGCAUUUAGCUGUGGUUUCACGAGUUCAUUGUAGAGCGGAAGGAGCUGUACUUCUUAUUUCAGAAGCCUUGGAGUGUUUGAGCCCCAGGAAACUGCACCAGCUCUGGCAUGGAGAUGGGGACAUCUUGGCGUGUGUGGUUCACUCUCCUCCUUUUCUACAAAGCCGGGCCCGGCAGAGCUGGGGCAGGCGCGACGGAGCUGAGCAGGAUUGUGGGGGGCUCCGUCACUUUCCCCCUGGGGAUCCCAGCAGAGCAAGUUAGAACUGCUGCCUGGACAGUAAACGCAACGAGGAGCAUAGUAACUGUAGCAGCAGGAAACCCCCCCGCAUUCAUUGUGUCCGACCCAUCCUACGAGGGACGCCUGAGAGUCCCCGAGAACAACUCGCUUCAGAUCACCAGCCUGAGGAUGCAGGACACGGGCACCUACGGAGCUCAGAUCACCACAGCUACAGGCACUUCCAGCAUCCACAGAGCCUUCCUGCUGCGCGUGUACGAGCAAGUACCGGCACCAACUGUCCGCUGUGACUCAGUGACCUGUGAGAAUGAAACCUGUAACUACAACCUGACCUGCACCGUCGGGGAUGGAGGGGACAAUGUGACCUACAGCUGGACUCACACAGCAGGGGGCGCUGUGGUACCCAAUGUGUCCAUUCUGCACAUCUCUCUGCGCCCCUGGGAUGCUCCCCUGAAUGUCACCUGCACAGCCCAGAACCCUGCCAGUAACAGCUCCACAACCGCCUCUGCACAGGGCCUUUGUGCAGCACCCACAACAACCACCACCACCACUGCAAACCCACCUGAGUCCCAAUCUGCCCACACGGCUAGAAUUGUGGUUCCAAUUGUUACCGGUAUUUUCAUUGUCGGCCUUAUCAUUGCUCUGUGGUUCGUGCACACACAGAGGCGCAAAAGAGCCUUGCAGAAGUACACUCCAGGACCUGCUGGCGGUGAAGAGGCUGAUGCAGAAAAAAACACGGUUUACGCCCAAGUCGGUAGUUUGCCACUGCCUUCCAGUAGAACAGGGACUCGGAAAGGGAGGCUGGAGACCAAGGAGGACGAGAUGAAAACGAUCUAUGCCACGGUCCAGAGCCCAAAUCAGUCGCCUCCGCAAACGGAUGAUGAGAAGCUGGGCAAGGACGGCCUGGAGUCCACGGAGAAGGGCGAGAAAACCAUUUAUGUCACAGUCAACCAGGCAACCCAGACAAAGACCAUCAAGUCCACAGAUGCUGAUGAUUCUGCGGCCACUUCAAUACCUCAAAGGGCGACAGAAUAUGACAAGAUCAUCUAAUAGCUUGUCAAGGCAACACAAACAUGCAGCGAGAAACAAGGAAUAAUUCAGUACCCCAGCAUCAGACACCCAAACAGCAGAGGAUCAAUGCAUAUAAUUUGUACAGCGCCUUGCACAAUAGGGUCCUAGUCCCUGACUGGGCUCCUAUCUGCUACUGCAAUUGUAAUGUGGACAGACCCUGGUCCUUGGCGGGCAGGCUGUCAGCACAAACUCUUUCUAGACAAGGAGCUGAUUUGUGCAACUGCUCAACAAAGAGGUGUUUUCCCCAGAUAUGCACUACGGUCUCGGAUUCAGCCGCUGGCCCUCAUGCCAUGGGAAUCCAACCAGUCUCACUCCACUGACUAUGGCUAUAACAUUUAAGAAGACGGGAGCCUCUCUCCAGAUCCACCCAUGACAGCAGAAAACUACCCCGAUUGCCUUGUUGGAGGCUAUUGCGAUGUCUGGCUGCUCCAGGAUCAGAGCCGGUUGAAGAAUCUGUUGCAAAUUAUAUUUGUUGGGAAUCUUAGUAUAUUUUCCCAUCAAACAAUGAUCCUAAGUUCUUCCCACUCUUCUACCAUCAGGUGGUUGGACACUCUCCAUCACGUGAUAGUUUGGUCAAUCGGCUCAUUGUUUAUUUACAAGCACAUCUGCCCCACUACUGGAGCGGCCCAAUGCAAGAUACUGCUACUCCGCUAAUGCAAACGGCAAAGGUCUCUCUGAAGCUGGGCCAACGAGCAGGGCCCGGGAGCACGGGCAGGCUGGGGUUGGGACAGUGAUGGAGAGAUUCCAGCUGCAAGGGUUAUUAGCUGCUGCUAGACACUGGAAGUCCCCACUUACCCGGCUCCCUUCCCAAAAGGAAUCUGGUGCAGUUGCAGCUCGUUGGGAAGCAGGCCAGCCCACUGGUCUGUCGCUAGCCCAUGGCUAGGGCUGCAGCUUUGUCACGGAGGUAAAAAUGUCACUGACACCGUGAUUAUUCCAUGGCUUUCUUUGCACCUGGGAUUUUAUAGGCUGAGGGGACCACCCAGGCCAGGGCCCAGCCACUUGUACCACCACAGCUCAGGGCAGAUGAUCCGGUGGUGCCAUGGCCAGGAAGGAGGCAAGGCUGGGUGUCAUGGGGAGAGGGCCAGGCCCACAGGCCAGAGCAAGGAGCCAGGCCAGCCCCACGGGACAGGAGCUGCCAUUGUGAGGUCAGUGCCGGGUGGGCUUGCUCUGCAACACCCCCCGCCAUCACCUCCACCAGGCCUCCCACCCCCAGGGGCAGGACCUAACCUCUCCCGCCAUGUCACACCCUCCCACUUCAAGUGGCUUUACAACCACUGCCUCCUGAAGCCGUGACUUUAACUAAAUUUACCAGGACUGCUCACUGAUUGGAUAAAAAAAAAAAUGCUGUGACAAAUCUGCAGCCUUACCAAUACCCUAACGCCAGGCCCUGCCACACCGGGUGGGGCGAAGAAGAGAGAGAGUGGAAUUUGAGGAGCCAUUCUCCAGGCACAUCAGAGCAAGACACCUGCAAGCGAAUCCGUGGGUCUGUCGGAUUAACCAGGAAGUAAAGGAAGCAAUUAAGAAAGAGAGGACGGUUGCGGAGAAGUUACAAUUUCUUUGCCUCAGAGGAUGUCAAGGAGAUCCCGACCCUGAGCUGCCGUCUCAGGUCAAGGACCAAGGCGUUGAAAGAGGAGCUGCUGGAACAAACUGAUAAAGAGCAAAAUAUCAGGAGGCCUCGGCGACAUCACCCAAGAAAUUUAAACGCAAGAACAAAGUGACUGAGCUGCUAACAAAACUCUGCAAUCUCUGCUUGCAAUCAGCUGCUAUCCUGUGGGCUGCAGCGGGUGCCCAGACUCUCACACAGCUUUGCCCCUGGUACCCGCUCCUACUCCAGGGCUUGCAACGGAGUCCCGGGUCUCCAACAGUGCCUGUGUCAGAGGAAUCAUCUCCCAGCUAAAACCAGUGCGUUUAGAGCCUCUUCACACAGCCCUGACCUUGUACCUGCAGGACAGGGGCCGGUCGGGGUGAGAAUCUCAUCCUUGGACAUUGGCUUAGAAAGGCAGCUAGCGAGAGGAGACGUGACGGGGGGAAGCAGAAUAACGAAUGGAAAAGAGAAGGUAGAUCAGGCAUUUCUAUCCACCCUCCAUCAUAACACAUGAACAAGGGGCAAAUCAAUGCAAUUGAAAGACAGCACGUUUAAAACCAGCAAGAGGGAAUACUGUUCCCCCCCCCCCCACACACACACGGUGCAUAACUAACCUGAUCGAACUCACUGCCCCAAGGUAUCAGCAAAGCCAAGGGCUGAGCAGGAUUCUGGAGGCGCCUCGGACGGUCUCAUUCUCCACAGUCACUGCAGAAAGGGCAAAGCAUGUUCAGAAGGGAUACGAGCCCUCCUGACAUGGACCAAGCUCUGACUGACGGGGGUCAGGAAGGAACUUGCCCAGUGACUAGGUUACUUCAAUCGCUGCCCGUUAAGGGGUCACGUGCACCUUGCUCAGAAGCAGCUAGUCCUGGCCAUUGGGCUGAGCCAAGCCCUGGGCUGGCCCGCCCCAUCCCCACUUACCUCUUGCAGGCUGUCGCCGUUCGCGACCUCGUCGAGCCAGCGCUGCAGCAGCGGCUUCAGCUUGCACAUAUUCUUGAAGCUCAGCUGGAGGCUUCGAAGCGGCAGAUUGUCGUCUGGCUAAACAUCUUCCCGUACAGAGUCCCCAGACCUCUCCCGCCUCCACACCUGCCCCUUGUUACACCAUCUGCACCUCUUCCCCUCUGGGCGUAAGGAUCAGGCCUUUGUCUGCAGCCAGAUCGUAAGGCCUAAAGCCUUCAUCUGCAGCCAGAUUAGAAGAUCAGCCAUUAGCUGAGAAGCAGGAAGUCACGUCCUCCCAUUCCAUCUACAUGACAUUAAAACAAUGUCAUAUCAGGCUGUUAAGAAGGAGACCCCAUCCAAAUGGCCUCCACUCUCACCAGCUCUUAAGAUGGUUAAAGAAAACGUAGUUUGACAGCAUCUGUCUGUCAAGAAAUCACUUAUCACCAGUUGUGGUUGUGAAAUCCUCAUUUCUUCAUUGUUUUGUCAUUAUGGACCCAUUGCCCUAGUGUUUAUCCAUAUAGUCUCCGGUUCUUUAAUUUUUUUUGUCUGUUACAUAAUUAAUUUUGCUCAGUAUAGAUUCAUUAAGGGGGUGGGGUAGGACUGGUUAAAGAAUUUUGUUACACUGUGUUAGGCUUGGUUAGUAAAAUGUAAUAAAAUGAUUGGUUAAGACGCAGCUAAACAGGACUCAAAUUUCACUAUAUAAACUGGGGUCCAACAGGAAGUUCUUUGGCAACCAACUCCAGGACAUAACCCCAAAGAUCAGAGCGGCCAGACCUCAACUCUCUGCCAGCGACACUGGGCAGAGACUGGAGUCCCCCAGAUGGACCCGAUCCUGACCGGCCAGCAGGGAAAAGUUCAUCUGUCUUAUUGGGAGUGGUGAGCACUGUAGGUGUAGCGUGUGUAGGGU